AUGGAUCAGCUUCUGGAUGUGAAGGUUGGAUGUCUAGUGGCUCUUCUGUUCCUGACUUUGAUUUGUGGUUUUGCACCUCCCUUUCUCAAUUGGUUUAUGAAAAGCAGAAUCUCAGGUACCUAUGAAUUGGUCAUUUGCUUGAUCAGUUCAUUUGCCGCUGGCAUCUUCCUGGGUGCCUGCUUGCUUCAUGUUGUGGCAGAUGCACUCACAGAUAUUGCUACAGAACUGUCAUAUAUCGAUUAUCCUAUGGGAGAGCUGAUCUUGUCUUUGGGCUUCUUCUUAGUCGUUUUCAUUGAACGUGUUGUUCUGCAGAUUUCUAUGUCUUUUCAGAGGUCAAAUCAAGAUGACCUUCCAUUGCCAUCUAUUCCAACAUCCCCUGAUGCUAAUUUCCCAGAAAAAGGAGAACCUCCAAGUGAGAUAGCAAUACUGCCUGAAGAGCCCCAUAAUCAUAUCCACCCUAAUAUGUAUUCUCUUUCCUCUUUCCGCUCCUUGAUUCUCUUCUGCUCCCUUUCUGUCCACUCCGUGUUUGAAGGGUUAGCUAUUGGUCUUCAAUCAAAAUAUGCCAGCGCUCUUCAAAUUGCAAUUGCUGUGCUCAUCCACAAGGGCAUCAUUGUCUUCAGCCUUUCAUUGAAGCUAAUACAGAGCAGGACCACAAAAGUCUGGCUCAGUAUUUAUAUAGUGAUCUUCUCACUGAUGUCUCCCAUUGGAAUUACAAUUGGCAUUGUUGUUACAUUGAAGAAGAGUGCUAUUGUAACUGUAGUGCAGGCCGUCCUAGAAGGCAUUUCAUCAGGAACAUUUGUGUAUGUUACCUUUCUGGAAAUUCUUCCAUCUGAACUCAAUUCAGGGACAAGACCAAUUCUUAGGCUUUUUUUCAUUGUUAUUGGUUUUACCAUAAUGGCAGUCAUAGCUAUUUGGGCUUGAUGAGA